AUGGCUAAGGCCGAUGCGUCUUCACCCACCGGGACGCCUCCCUCUACUGCGCUGAAGAAAACAACCUCAAGCACUCAGAAUAUGAAAAACCAGAAAUCCAUCCUAGGAUUCUUCCAAAAAUCCUCUCCGGCAACUCCCUCUUCUGCGAAACCCCGCGAGCCCGUUUCUUCCCCUGCCCAGCGAGCCUCCGAACAACAUAGUGCAAGCACUAGCAAACAAACAAGUACACAGAAGAGAAGCUUCUCCAGUUUUGCUCAGGAUCUGUCACCUGUCCCUAGUAGCGACUUACCUAUACCGGACGAAGAAGAAGAGAAUGGUGAUGAUGUAAAGACUAAUGGUAAAAAUACCAAAGACACCAUGUCUCCGUCGCGUCGGUCCAAAAAGAAGCAGGUCAGCUACAAGGAGUCUGACUCGGAGGGCGAGGACGAUGAGGAUGUGAUUUUCCGUCCCAGUCGAAAGAAUGGCCGAGCUACAAAAAGACAAAAGACCGCUGGAGACGAGAGCGAAGAGGAAUUCCAAGCCACUGCAGAUGAAGUCGGAUACUCGGAUGAUGAAAUGGACGACUUCGUUGUUCCUGAUGAUUCAGAUGAAGAUGCUGCUCCCGCAAAGAAACGCAAACGCCCAGCUACUCAGCCAGCACGCAAAAAUUCGAACCAUUCCUCAUCAAUGCCUCCCCUUCCCCCAGCCGAUGAAGAUCUCGAUCUCGACCUCGACCUCCCCGAGGGCUCAGCUGGAACUGCCCAGAAGUGGUCAUUUGACCCCGAGAACACGGAACCUCGCAAGGAGCGUGUCGCACCAACGCCGUCCAAGACCUCAUCUAGCACAAAGAAGGAAAAGGCUCAUAUCAAGGAGCCCGAGGAUCGAUACCCAUGGCUUGCCAAUAUCAAAGACAUUGACGGAAACCCACCAGGCCACCCCGAAUAUGACCCUCGCACCAUCUACAUCCCUCCACUUGCUUGGAACAAGUUUUCGCCCUUUGAGAAACAGUACUGGGAGAUCAAGCAGAAGUUCUGGGAUACUGUGGUGUUUUUUAAGAAGGGAAAGUUCUACGAAUUGUACGAGAAUGAUGCUACUAUUGGUCACCAACUGUUCGACCUGAAACUCACGGAUCGUGUCAACAUGCGCAUGGUUGGUGUUCCGGAAAUGAGUUUAGCUCAUUGGGCAAACCAGUUUGUUGCCAAGGGAUUCAAGAUCGCUCGUGUUGACCAGUCUGAAUCCGCACUGGGUAAGGAGAUGCGUGAGAGAGAUGGCAAGAAAGGUAGCAAGGAAGACAAGAUUAUCAAGCGAGAGCUGGCAUGUGUCCUUACAGCUGGUACCCUCGUUGAAGGAUCGAUGCUCCAAGACGAUAUGUCUACUUACUGUGUUGCUAUUAAGGAGGCUGUCGUGGAUGAUCUCCCUGCCUUCGGAAUUUCUUUUGUCGAUACCGCCACUGGCCAGUUCUUCUUGUCUGAGUUCGUUGACGAUGUGGAUAUGACCAAGUUUGAGACAUUUGUUGCGCAAACCAGACCACGGGAGCUUUUGCUCGAAAAAUCAUGUGUUUCACAGAAGGCAAUGCGGAUUUUGAAGAACAAUACCGGACCAACCACUCUCUGGAAUCACUUGAAGCCAGGCAAAGAGUUCUGGGAGUCUGAUAUCACUGUGAGAGAGCUUGACGCAGCUGAGUACUUUGUAUCUCAAGAUGAUGAAAAUGUGAAAGCUUGGCCCGAAACUCUUCGUCAAGCUCGGGAGAAGGAGUUGGUCAUCUCGGCAUUUGGUGCUCUAGUCCAGUAUCUACGUGUUCUGAAGAUCGACAAGGACUUGAUUACCAUCGGUAACUUUACAUGGUACGAUCCGAUCAAGAAGACAUCCAGUCUUGUUCUCGACGGACAGACAUUGAUCAAUAUGGAAAUCUUCGCAAACUCAUUUGAUGGAAGUGCGGAGGGAACUCUUUUCCAACUCCUGAAUCGCUGCAUCACACCAUUUGGAAAGCGAACAUUCAAGCAAUGGGUCUGCCACCCAUUGAUGGAUGCCAAGAGAAUCAAUGCUCGAUUGGACGCUGUCGACGCCUUCAACGCUGAUCCGAGUAUUCGAGAUCAAUUCUCCUCACAGUUGACGAAGAUGCCCGAUUUGGAACGACUUAUCUCCCGUGUCCACGCUGGCCAGUGCAAGGCUCAAGAUUUCGUGCGGGUUCUUGAAGGAUUCGAGCAAAUCGAAUACAUCAUGGGUCUUCUCAACGAUUCCGGCGCUGGCGAUGGUAUCAUCGGUCAGUUGAUUUCAGCGAUGCCAGACCUGACUGAACUUCUUGGCUACUGGAAGACCGCUUUUGACCGCUCUAAGGCUAAGGAGAAAGGUAUUCUUGUGCCAGAGCCUGGUGUCGAAGAAGAUUUUGAUAACUCGCAAGCGCACAUUGAAGGAUUGCACAAAGAGCUCGAUAAUGUUCUUAAGAAGUCACGUCGUGAUCUGGGAUCAACCGCCAUUUGCUACCGUGACAAUGGUAAGGAGAUCUAUCAACUUGAAGUGCCUGUCAAGGUUAAGGGUAUCCCCAAGAACUGGGAUCAGAUGUCUGCUACAAAGCAGGUGAAGCGAUACUACUUCCCUGAGCUUCGAGCUCUCAUUCGCCAGCUUCAAGAAGCGCAAGAAACUCACGGCCAGAUUGUCAAGGAGGUGGCUGCCCGAUUCCAUGCUCGAUUUGAUGAGCACUACAAUACCUGGCUGGCGGCUGUCCGCGUAGUCGCUCAAUUAGAUUGUCUCAUCAGUCUUGCCAAGGCCUCUGCCUCUCUCGGUCAACCCAGCUGCCGUCCCGUGUUUGUGGAGGAUGAGCGUAGUGUCCUAGAAUUCGAGGAACUUCGCCAUCCGUGUCUUUUAUCAUCAGUUGAGGACUUCAUUCCAAAUGACGUCCAACUUGGUGGUAAACAUACCAAUAUUGAUUUGUUAACUGGAGCUAAUGCUGCCGGAAAGUCCACUCUUCUAAGAAUGACCUGUGUUGCCGUUAUCAUGGCACAAAUCGGAUGCUAUCUGCCGUGCCAAUCAGCAAUACUCACACCCGUCGACCGUAUUAUGUCCCGUCUGGGCGCAAAUGACAACAUCUUCGCCGCCCAAUCCACCUUCUUCGUCGAACUUUCCGAAACAAAGAAGAUUCUCUCCGAGGCCACACCCCGGUCCCUGGUGAUUCUCGACGAGCUUGGCCGUGGAACAAGUUCGUACGACGGUGUGGCUGUUGCACAGGCUGUGCUCCACCACAUCGCUACGCACAUCGGUGCUAUGGGCUUCUUCGCUACACAUUACCACUCCCUGGCUGCAGAGUUCGAGGGUCAUCCGGAGAUCUCUCCCAAGCGCAUGGCUAUCCAUGUUGACGACAUUGAGCGCCGUGUUACCUUCCUUUACAAGCUUGAGAAGGGUGUUGCAGAGGGAAGUUUCGGUAUGCACUGUGCGUCUAUGUGUGGUAUCUCUAAUAAGGUCAUUGAGCGAGCUGAGGAGGCUGCCAAGCAGUGGGAGCAUACUAGUCGUUUGAAGGAGAGUUUGGAGCGUCGGAAGGGCGGCGGAUAUGUUGGUCUUGGGUGGUGGAGUGAUGUUGCCUGGGCUUUGCGAGAGUCAACCUCAAGUGAGGAGGACCAAGCGGGUGAUGUCACUGAUCGUGGACUUGAAGUCCUGCGAAAAGCCAUUGAGGCGCUGUAA